GUGGCAGCGAAAGCAAGCGCGUCCAAGUUUUCAAGGAAGGGUCGCGCCGCGAGAGCGUGGCGCUGGUGCUGUCGUCGAGGGGACUCAUCCGCCGAGCAGCCCCACACACGUCUCUCGCUCGUUUCUCGCUGGUCUCUCGCUCGUCUGCAUGCUGCCGCAUGGCUCGCGUCUAUCUCGGCGUAGGACUCUCUCGCCCUCGCCCUAGCCCCCCACGAUCCGCUCGCUAGCUUGCUGAGAGCGGAUCCGCCUGUUCGUAACUGGGAGUCGUUUGGCGUGGCGACUUUGUGUUCCCGAGCCCACGGGGGGUAGAGUUUCACCAUGUGCCCCAUCGCCUGUGCUUUAUUAUCGCCCCAUCAAUGAUUUCGAGGAUGGAGUAGGUAAUAGUGUAAUACGCCAAGGUGGAAUUAACUGCAGCUGUGGUGGUGGUGGUGGUUGGGGGUGAGAGCGCCCUCCCUUCUUUGUUAGAGGGUUUUGUAUCUCCGUGGAUCGUCGCAUCUGGCGUCACGAUUGACUCCCCCCCAACCGCCUCCUGGAUCGAUAACCUGGGUUGGUUAUCUUUUCGGGGGUGAAAGGAGGGUCGAGGUGGCGUGCGCGAAUUGAGCUCAUGACAUUCGACUCGGCUGCGCUGUGGGGUGGUGGUAUCUCGAGGCUGCUUUUCAAAGCGUGAAGCUGUGUUAUUCGACGCUGUGAUUGUCGACUACUUCGUCGCUAACCGAAGGUUUGUGGGGGCGGCCUUGGGAGCGUCUUGGCUCUCAUGGUGCUUGCUUGAAGGGUCAGUUUGUGCCCAGCCUUGUGGACCUCCUGGCUGUGCCGCUCCAAGGGUCACAUGAAGAAUUGAUGAUUUUGGCUUUCGUUGUUGUGCAUUUCGUGUAGAAAGGUUAGGCGACAUGAAUACGUAAGGCCGAGUGUUCAGUCGUUGCCUUUGAGGUAAGGCUGGAGAGGUGAAUUGCUAGAAUUUGGUCCGAUUUGGUGGCAACACUUGAAUGAAGUUCAACUGUUGAGGCUUUCUCUGAGUUGCAUCAUGUAAGUCUUGGUUUUGGAUGGAGUGCUUGCUUCUUGCGUCCCGGCAGCAUUGAGUAAUUCUGUAAUAUACGCAUUGUGCGUAGUGGACCCAUUUCUUGCACAAGUCAGUGUUGUCCUUGUUUUUUAAACAUGAAGGUGCAACAAGUCACAUUCUCAGAGAAACUCGAAACGCAAGAUACAACCUAGUUUGUUUGCACUGUUCCCCUGAAGUAAAUCUAAGUGACAAAUCUGUUGCCGGAUAUUGAAGUUCCUGAUCGAAUCGCAAGAGAGCCUUGAGUUCUGUUCAUGAAGGCACUCCUGCUUUGGAGCCGGACCCAGCUCUUUACUUGUGUUGCUGGUUUUCUUGAGAAAACUGGCAGUUUUUAAUUUUUUAAUUUUUUUUAACAGAUCCUUCUUCUUCUCCGGUUUUGGUGGUGGAAGUGACCGAAUAGUGCGUGCAUGUAGCAGUUAUCUCCCUGAUCACAUCUGCAACGUUUCAUUUGGAAUCGCAAAUUUAAAAAUCAGUUAGGAUUAGAGCUAGUGGCACAUCCAUGGGGUGAUUGUUCUCUCUCCAACGACUCGUACACAAGUAAGGCAAAGCCUUGCAACGAGUCACGAAUUGAGUUAUAGUAUUUGGCAAUUGAUUAGAAAAUCAGGUGUUGGAAUCAACCCAUUCUCACUUGUUGAGCAUGACAACCAGUGGUUUCUGCACAAUUUGGGGCGACAUUUUAAGAUUUCGCUUAGGUACUUGCUUUUCGGAGCUCAGGUCUCUCUCUCUCUCUUUCAUCGAUCGUUAUCGUGGACCGUUAUCGUGGAUCGUUUCGGCAAGUUCAUCGCUACAGGGAUGCCAUGAUGGUGGUAGCCAGUUCAGUCAGCAUCGGUUACCCAAUUGAAGAAUCUCGGUUAGUGUACCAAUGCUCCCUACAUCUAUUCGUCUCCAGCAAACCUAGAAUCAUGCAUCAUCCAAUAGUACCUUGCAUGUAGCUAAAUCGUGGGCAUCAACUAAAGCUACUGGACUUUAGCCAGAGCUUCGAAGAGGUUAGCGGUACAGUAAGGAAGAGAUGGCUCAAGGUCCUCAUCAUCUUUGCCCUUGUGUGUGCCUCCCUCAGUACUUUGGAUCAUGUGUCUGACCUGAAUUGACGUGCAAACUAGUGACCAAGCCUGUCCCUCCGUGUCAUCGCGCGGUCAUUAAGCAGUUCUACAUUCGCCGUAGACACUGCAUCGUCCUCUGCCGCUGAGCUGGGCUGUCCUGUUUGCCAUCUCUUGUGUUUGGUCGGUAUCUAGUGUCUGUUUUGCUGCGGUACUCCAUUUCUCCACCCGUGCGAAGGGAACCAAAGAUGGUCAAUUGUGAGCUGGAGCAUGGCGGUUACUUACAGCGGACUGAAAUUAGUGGGGUGUUGCUGCACAGGGGCUCAGUUCCAGACAUGGAGUCUACAAGUGAGUUGGAUUGCCGGCACAGACGAAAGUCAGGGAAGGGACUUGUGUCGAUUGUAGGAUGGACAUUAGCGUUCAUUCUCGCAGUGUUCGUGGGCCUCGCUGCUGUUGACAAGUACCGGUUGUGGACUUCGGAAAGUAUAGUUGGCGAUUCUUCCACAGGCUUGCGAGUUUCGGAGGUGCAGGCCAGAUUGAAUGUUUGGAAUGGAGGCGGAAAUCACCAUCUUUUAAAGCAAGCAGAAAUGCGCAGUUGGCGCAACCGGAAGCUCGUGGGUGUUAGCGACACUGAAAAGAACGGAUUCAAGGUUAAGAUGUUGCACCGGAACUCGAUUGGCUCGCCGUUUCGAAAAGAGUACGAUACGAAGAUGCAAGCAUUGAUGGAGGAUAUGGCUAUCGAUGCAGCGAGGCUCGCUGCUUUGCGACAACAGCAGAGGCGCAGAUCAGAUUCAGUCACUGUAAGAACAUCGGGUGAUGCAACAUGCGCGAUGCCUCCAUCUAUGCCUCCAACUUUGACAGCGAUUGUUGAAGGCCCGUCUUCACAGGACUACCAAUUCCGGACCCCUCUCGUCUCGGGCACUACUCUUGGCUCUGGACAAUACUUUGUUGAUUUCUCCCUUGGCACACCAGAACAGAAAUUCCAUCUCAUCGUGGACACUGGAUCUGACCUCGCCUUCGUGCAAUGCGCUCCUUGCGAUCUAUGCUAUGAGCAAGAUGGCCCGCUUUACCAACCAUCCAACUCCUCGACCUUCACCCCUGUGCCUUGCGAUUCCGCCGAAUGCCUUCUCAUACCGGCCCCCGUCGGAGCUCCUUGUAGUUCUAGCUAUCCAGAAAGUCCACCACAAGGAGCGUGCUCCUACGAGUACCGCUACGGCGAUAACUCCAGCACUGUAGGGGUGUUUGCUUACGAAACUGCGACAGUCGGUGGAAUCAGAGUCAACCACGUAGCCUUCGGCUGCGGGAACAGAAAUCAAGGAAGCUUUGUCUCCGCAGGCGGUGUUCUCGGACUCGGACAGGGAGCUCUUUCAUUCACCUCACAGGCGGGAUACGCGUUCGAGAAUAAAUUCGCGUAUUGUCUCACGAGCUAUCUCUCCCCGACGUCAGUUUUCUCGUCGCUCAUCUUUGGCGACGACAUGAUGAGCACAAUCCACGACCUCCAAUUCACACCACUCGUCAGCAACCCGCUAAACCCCUCGGUAUACUACGUCCAGAUAGUGAGAAUUUGCUUCGGAGGUGAAACGCUACUCAUCCCAGACUCCGCUUGGAAAAUCGAUUCUGUAGGCAACGGGGGUACAAUUUUUGAUUCCGGUACUACGGUAACGUACUGGAGCCCGCAAGCGUACGCAAGGAUCAUCGCUGCUUUCGAGAAAUCUGUGCCUUACCCGCGGGCACCUCCAUCACCUCAAGGUCUGCCGCUUUGCGUUAACGUUUCGGGCAUCGACCACCCGAUCUACCCCUCCUUCACCAUCGAAUUCGACCAGGGCGCGACAUACCGACCGAAUCAGGGAAAUUACUUCAUAGAAGUAUCUCCAAACAUCGACUGCCUUGCUAUGUUGGAGUCAUCAUCCGAUGGCUUCAAUGUCAUCGGCAACAUCAUACAACAGAACUACCUGGUGCAGUACGACCGCGAGGAGCACCGCAUUGGCUUCGCACAUGCAAAUUGCGACGCACCAUCGUAGGCUUUCGAGCUUGGUGGGGGCCGUGGUGAAAUGACAACCGCUGUAAUCUUGCAAGUCCGCAAGCUGUUUCUCAUCUUAUUUUUUUCUGUUGCUGUCAAUCUGAGCUUCCAUUUUCUUCCCAAGCAACUUAUUCCUGCCCGAAACAUUCGUUGCAUCCGUCGCAGAGGGUCAACUUCUACUUAGGCAACGAGUUCCAGUGAUACCCCUUCGAAGCCAGGAAGCACGCCGCGUCUACAAAAUCAGGCUUACGGCUCUGCUGAUGAGUGGCUGGACAAGGGAAGCCGGUAAUCAUCGCCAGGGAUUGAUUAGUGCCGUCCCCGGUUAGGUGAAUACCUUUGGUGGUUUUAGCGUCUGCCAACUGCUCCGAUUAAAAUUGUGGCCGAAGUUUCAGCAGACAUCCAAUUUGUGUAGUCCAAAAGGAAUGAAGUCAAUUUAAGAUCCGUGGCGAAUAACCCACUUGAGAUCUACUCUGUUUUUACAAAAGAAAUCGCCUUUGUUGUUGCACAAUCUAGAUAUUAAACUUCAAUGAAUGUCUUGGUGUCUCGGGAUCGUGCAUCUUGCCUCACAAUCCUGCCUUCUGAUUGGGACCGCAGGUGAAACCUUUUAGUUUGGUGAAGCUCUGCGCUAUCAUAGUUCACUGUUGUCGACUCGUGUCUAACUCAUCGUACAUGUCAAAUAUCACUGUACAUAUCUCAAAGCAAUGUUUUAUUGCUUUGGAAGUCAGUGAGGUGUUAUCAGUGCACUGUAGAAUAUUUAUUAGUGCCUUGUAGGAUUAUACGAUUGUUCUGGAAUCAGACAACUCCCAAGUGUUUGGAUGUCUUGUUAAAAAAUAUGUGGAACCCGCACUUAUGUCUAUCGAAUGAGGUGAUGCUGAUGAGGAAGGAUUUUUUUUACAA